AUGGGCUUAUCUGACGAGACGCGCCCUGGAAAUGAUCCAUCAGACUAUCUCAUGGAAAAGCUCAAGGUUCGAGACAAACACACUGAGAAUGAAGACAACAGUGGUCGAAUACUCGGAAAGCGAAGCUCCUCGGACGGCAUACGGCACCUUCUACUUGACACUCUUUUAACCCUUCCUUCGGUUGCUUUCAUCACGUAUGCAUUCUUGGUUGUAGUCAAUAAUGGACGACCCAUCGAUCAAAGUCCAAUCCCGCUCUUGAGGACAGCAGCCAUUUACAGCCCAACACUAUUCCCGAUCGCAUUCUCUGCCGUAGCUGCCAGCUUCCUCAAAGCCGCGGCCGCCUGGAGACUAGAACAGGGUAUAUCGGUACUCAGUCUAGAGUAUCUUUUAAACUGUCGCACAGUCUUCAGCGCCUUCACCACACCGAUGUCACUCCGGGCCGUAAACAGACUCACGCCGUUGUUGAUUAUCCUCUGGGUUCUCUCACCUCUCGGUGGCCAGGCAGCUUUAAGGGUCAUGGAAAUGGUACCUUCAACCGCCACGGAGCCCUGGCUCUUCCAAAACCUUGAGUUCAUGUCUGCAUUCAGACACUCAGGCCCCCAAAGCUCAGCCGGCUUCAGUCUCCUCCCCUCUAUUCAAAGCGCUUUCGUUACGGCGUUGGGAACUCCAGCAGAUAUCAAAGCUGAGCCGCAAGAUCUAUUUGGAAACAUUAAGAUUCCGAUGGUAGAAGCAUUCCAGAAUCUGCGCCAAACACAGGACGACGACAAGAAAAGCGACAACAGGCAGGAUGACGACGGAUGGUUUCACUUGGAUUCAAAGUCGGCCAUGAGUCCUGUGUGGUCGUCGAUUGCAGGCAUUCCUGUGGCUACUCUAGGCGGGCUUUCAUCGAAAGCAAACUACUCUUUCGCCUUCGAGACCUCUUACAUAUACGCCGACUGUUCACUUCAGAGAGGGACACCCAUGAACUUCACGGAGUGGGCGUCGUACAGGCAAGAAGGUCCGGGUAGAUACAGCACCAACCGAACUCUCGUGAUCUCCACUAAUAGGCCCCCCUUGCCCUUUGACCAGAAUCCGUUAGAACUGGUCUUUACAUCUUUCGUCUCCACUCAGGAGCUCACAACCAACGCCAGCUGCGUUCUGAGAACCACCUACGUCGAGGUGGAUGUCGGCUGCCAUGGGACUACAUGUGGAACGCGUCAUGUACGUCCGUUGCAAAAGCCGGAUGAUAUGACCAUACGCACGGUCUUAAACAAUAUGGCGCCUGAAGGCCAACUCGGUCAUGGAACAGCCGGUCUGUUUGAUGGGUUCAUGAGCACAUUUGUGCGAUCGGGGCUCUCGCUAUGGGAUCUCCAAGAAGGCCGACAGCUUAAACCCUUUGCUUCGGCGCUUGAAACCUACUUCACCGAGCCCGACUCACCAUACUCUGCGUCGGGAAUCAGCUCCUGGGAUGGUACUGACAUAUAUCCUGUUGGAGAUCGCGUCUUUUCACAGAGGUUCUCUCAACUUCUAAACACCUUUUGGCUCGCGUCCGUCGCCUCACACAAUAUCACAGGAAACUUCCACUUCCAGAGCAACGGCGAAACGAGUUUGCCGGCACCAAUCAUCACCCAAAACAUCACGGGAACUAGGACUCCUGAUUUCUUGGUCAUGAGAGUGAAUGACGGUUGGAUGUUGACCUUAUUCGUGGCCUCUACGGCGAUGCUUAUUUCUGGGGUUAUUGCCGCCGUGCUUGGUUCUAUGAGGCGAGGACCAGAUGUUUUGGAUCAUCCGACUUUCUUCUCCAGAGACAGCCCAUAUGUCAACGUUUCUCCGUGCUACUCCGGGUCAGUGGAAGACGCAAGCGAGCAAGUUAGGAGGACUAGAGACAUGCGGGUGUGUAUUGGAGAUGUGAGUCCAGCGGAGGAGAUGGGACACUUGGCCUUCGGCACUGUGAACGAGGCAGUACCGCUUGGCCUCCAAAAGGAUGGAAGGUGCUAUGCUUGA